AUGGAUGAGAGAGAAGCGGUGACGGCAAAGUCACGCUUUGUCACCGUCCUUUGCAACAACAGCGCUUUGCACGGUCGGAUGAAUCAUUCGACAAGGACGACGACGUGUAGCGCUCGCCGAGCACUGCAUAUGAGAUUCCUCCUCGCCGCUCUUUACGGUGACGCGUGUGUGAGACGUGUUAGUACUUUGUACAGAUGCUGGGGAGACAUUCGGCGACCUCGUAGCCAGUCUGCCAAGUCACCUAGUCGCCAUGAACGCCACAAGUCGAUUCAUAAUCAAAGGCUCGAUUUCUCAAUUCUAUGGAUAGAUGUCGUUCUCUUGCCACUGUACGGCGUCACUUUUUCUCUGCACAGCAGUGUUUUGGUCCUUGUUUGGUUAAAUGGGAUGCCCGGUGUUCAAGUUGAGGUUAUUUUUACUCCCUGGGUGAGAGCAGAACAGCGACAAAUCAAGUCUUGUGAACAAACCUGGGCGGGAGAAGGAUCCGAGGUGUGUCCUCUGUUUUACCGGUUGGUCAUCGAGCAGCCCCCGGUAUCUCGUGAACACCGACGCAAGCGAUCCCGGCAGACGGAAAUACCGCGAUCUCUUUUCCUCCAAUGCAGGUUGCCAACGCCACCUCUCACAUAUGACAGGCCGUCCAAUCAUCAGGUGGGAAUGAAACAUUCGGCCAAGGAUGACCAGCGAAUAUCUUUUUGCAAUCAGAUUCUUUGA